AUUCAAGAGGCAGUGACUUCUUGGAAAAUAAAUAAGGUUAUGUUCCAUAAAACUCAAAACCUCCCUACUGUAACAAUAUUAUUUUUAAUUUUAAACAAUUUACUAAGUUAAGAUAUGUCCUAGUUUAAAUCACGCCAUCCUCUAUUUGAUUUAUAGAAAAUGAUUGUUCAAUCGAGAAUCACAAGAUUACUUUCUGCGCUCAAACCUGCACUUUCAAAGAACCUAAGAUGCAUCACGACUGAAGCAAAUGAAAAUCAUUCUUUAGAACAAUCCCAAAUUGAAGAUGCAGCCACAGCAUUGAAUGAUUCAGAAAGACAGUUGCCGCUGAUAACGAAUAGAAAUCUGGAAUUUCUGCCGAAAUUUGAGACACCCCGACAGGCAUGGGUAGAAAAUCUAGAUACAGUCGAAGAGCAGAAGCUUGGCUUGAUAGAUUUGCAUCCAAAUGUAUUCGGAGUCAUGCCACGACUGGACAUCAUCUACGAAAAUAUGCAAUGGCAGCAGAAAUAUAGGAGAGUUGACUACUACAGCUUGCGUACACGUGCCGAAAUGCCCGGUGGGGGUCGAAAGCCUUGGCCACAGAAGGGGCUGGGGCGUGCCCGUCACGGCAGCAUAAGGUCGCCACUGUUCAAGGGCGGUGGAGUCGCCCACGGCCCACGGUCGCCAACCACCUAUUUCUACAUGCUGCCAUUCUACAAGCGCGUUCUGGGCCUCACUACCACACUGUCUGUUAAACUGGCUCAGGAUGAUAUUCAUAUAGUGGACUCACUAGAGAUCCCCACAGAAGAUCCCAGGUACCUGGAGGAUUUAGUUUCGGAAAGAGCUUGGGGUGUAUCAGUCCUUUUCGUUGACAGUGUUGACAUCAUGCCGAGGAACAUAACAGCUGCAACAUGUGAGAUCGGCCAUAUGAAUAUGAUGCCUGUUUAUGGACUGAACGUGUAUAGCAUGCUAAAGCAUGAGGCUUUGGUGUUGACCGUCUCAGCAGUCGAAGAAAUCGAGAAGAAAAUCAUCUACAACUUGAAUCGAACAGAUGCGGCGAAGAAAUGCCAGCGCUUCAUGUUGAAUCAAGUUUAGUGUAGAAUUUGUAUUGUUGUGUUAUCAAUUAAAUACUAGUGUUUGGUUUGUA